AUGACUUCGCCUUUACGUAAAUCCCAUCCUUUGCUUAAACUCGUUAAUUCCGCACUCGUAGAUAUACCAAUUCCUACUAACAUCUCAAUUUUUUGAAAUUUCGGGUCCCUCUUAGGGUUAUGUCUAGUAGCUCAGAUCGCAACCGGACUAUUUUUGUCAAUUCAUUUUACCCCGCAUAUUGACCUAGCUUUUUCGAACGUAGCCCACAUCUGUCGUGAUGUUAAUUACGGGUGAUUGUUCCGCACCCUUCAUGCAAAUGGGGCCUCCUUUUUCUUUAUCUGUAUCUACUCCCACAUCGGACGAGGUCUUUAUUAUGGGUCAUUUGCUCUUUUCCACGCUUGGAGAAUUGGCGUUCUAAUUCUGUUUUUAACAAUAGCCACAGCUUUUCUAGGUUAUGUCCUACCUUGAGGACAAAUAUCGUUUUGGGGUGCCACCGUUAUUACAAACUUAUUUUCUGCCAUUCCCUAUAUUGGCACAGAUUUAGUCCAAUGAAUUUGGGGAGGGUUCGCAGUUGAUAACGCCACCUUAACUCGAUUCUUUACAUUCCACUUUCUGCUGCCAUUUCUAAUUGCUGCAGCCACACUCGUCCAUAUUUUAUUCAUCCACCACUCUGGAGCCAACAACCCUUUAGGAGUAACCUCCUCUCUAGACAAAAUCCCCUUCCACCCCUACUUUACAUUUAAAGAUAUUGUAGGGUUCCUAAUCAUACUUAUACUCCUAGUCCUCCUAACUCUCCUAAACCCAUACUUACUCGGAGACCCUGAUAAUUUUACCCCGGCUAACCCUCUAAUUACACCAGUGCAUAUUCAACCUGAAUGAUAUUUUCUAUUUGCAUACGCCAUCCUUCGAUCCAUCCCAAACAAAUUAGGAGGGGUUAUCGCUUUAAUAUUAUCAGUUGCGAUCCUUUGAUUCCUCCCAUUCACCUCCCUAUCAAAAUUCCGAGGCCUUACCUUUUAUCCUUUAAACCAGCUUCUAUUUUGAACUCUUAUCUCCACAAUCAUUUUAUUAACAUGGAUCGGAGCUCGGUCUGUAGAGGAUCCUUAUAUUUUCACAGGUCAAGCUCUAACUGUCAUCUACUUUUCCUAUUAUAUUACUGACCCUUUGGCUACCCUUUUAACAGACCUUCUUCUAAAAU